AUGGUCGAGAGUAGGGGCGUAUUUAGGGUUCAAGCAUCGUUUUAUGGCUCAAGCUACAUCUCAGUUCCUCUACAAGAUGCAAAGAGUGCUACUGAUUUACAACUCAAAUUUCGCACAAAACGGGCCGAUGCUCUCCUGUUUUUGGCUGCUGGGCGCAAGGACUACUGCUUUAUUCGAUUGGAAUCUGGAAGGUUGAAGAUGCAUAUUAAUCUGGGAGCAGGCGAAGAAGAAAUAAGCUCACCGAAAGGCUUGAAGCUCAAUGACUUGGCUUGGCACCAUGUGAUCAUAACAAGGAAGGAGGCUGAUGUUGUACUUCAAGUUGAUCAAAUUCAUGUUACAAGACAAAAGCUGCCAGACAAAUUCUUCGAGCUGAACAUCCACUACGGCCUGUUCCUGGGCGGGCAAGGUGAGUUCUCGGAGCUGUUUCUGGGGCAUACGGACUGGCUUCGCGGCUGCCUGGCCGAUGUGGUGUACAAUGGUGUCGACGCACUGAACAGGGCGCGACACCGUGUGGCUCAGGCUGACGCCCAGGGCGUCACCUGGAACUGUGCGCCCGAGUUCGACGCCGACGAGCAGCGGGAGAUCAGCUUUGUCGAGGACGGCGCCUACAUGGCGCUGCCUAACAUUAUUUCUCGGUCUGGAUCUAAAUGGCAACUGGAACUGAAGACGACCUCGGAGCAGGGCAUGGUGAUGUACUCGUCAGGCACGUCGGCGGGCGGCAAGGCGGACUUUGUGGGCCUGGAGCUAGUGGCGGGGCGGCCACGUGUCGUGCUGGACAAGGGCAACGGCGCCGUGGAGCAGACGGGUGACGUACGCGUGGCAGACGGCGAGUGGCACUCGGUCGCCGUCCACUUCACGCCCGCCCUGGUUGAGGUGACGGUCGACGGAAAAGUAGUCUCCACCAAGCUCGCGCAGGGCGGCAGCAAGCAUUACGAUCUCGGCGAUACUGUUCACAUAGGUGGAAUAGAGCUUAACAAGCGGUCGCGCGCCCUGGGCCAAGGCCUGAGAACGGCCGACACGAGCUACAAGGGCUGUCUGCGUAAUGUGGAGGUCGACGGUCGUCGGCUGGGCAUUCCUCAGGCCAAGGUCACUCAGGGCAUUCUGCCCGACUGUGUGUGGGUGUACCCCUGUCGGCAGCAGCCCUGUGUGCCGGAAGCCACCUGUCUGCAGCUGGGCGUCAACUCGUUUCAUUGCGAAUGUGACCGGCCGCACUGUGUCAAGGACGACUUUGCUAGCUCCUAUAAGGUAUUCUCGAAGGCUUCGCUGCUGGAGCUGGUUGAGAUAAGUCCGCUGCACGUGUCUGAAGGAGAGAAUGCGCUGCUGACGCCCUAUCACGUGAAUGUGAUCCUGGACUACGCCAAGUAUGGCGUGAGAGACUCUGGAGUGCUCUUCUCCACCAUUGGUGCUCCGAAGCACGGUCGGCUGGCUGUCGAAGUAUGGGAGCGCGGAGGCACCCAACAGAUGUUCACUCUGCUUGAUCUUUCUAAAGAUAAGGUUCGAUACGUGCACGAUGGCUCGGAAAGUCGUAGUGAUAGCAUUGAGAUGGAGCUAGAACUGUCUCCCGGCUCAGGGUUCGUUCUGCCCGGCUACCUGCAAGGGAGACACCGGUUGGUACUACAUGUCGACAUUGAGCCACUCAAUGAUCCACCCAGCCUGCUCACACCUCCCAGCAAAGUGCUCAGGCUUGCUCAGGGCACAAGAAAGCAGUUGACUGAAGACCUACUGAAUGCGACCGAUCCUGACAACGAUGCGGCGAGCCUCAUGUACAGCGUGCUGAGUGGCGGCCCUGAGAUCGGCGGGCAGAUAGAGCAUGCGCAGAAGCCCGGAACAGCUCUAACCUCCUUCACACAGGCGGACAUCAACAGCGGUCUGCUCUACUAUGCGCACAAUGCACAAGCUACCGGCGAGUUUAAACUACCUCUGCAGGUGUCUGAUGGUAUGGAGACCAGUUCAGCUGCCAUUCUGCGCAUCUCAGUGUUCCCGCUGGUGAUCAGGCCUGCCAACAACACGGGUGUAGUGCUCACUCACCACUCGUGGGUGCGAAUCACGGCUGCCAACCUCAGCUACACCACAAACGCCGACGAUCCGACGCUACAGAUUCUCUAUCAGGUGGAGCAAUUGCCGGAAUUUGGUUGGCUGCAACGGCAGCACUCGCUGGAGGAGGAGGAUGAGGAGGAGACGACGUGGCAGAAUGUGGUGCAAUUCAGCUCCCAGCAUCUGGCCAUGGGCCAAGUGCGAUACAAGCACAGUCAGGGCACUCCGUCGCAGGACACCUUCAAGUUUCGUGUAUCGGUGUUGGAUGUUCAGCCGACAACGCUGUAUGAUUUCCGUUUGACUUUCACGGAUCUCCAUUUGGAGAAGGUGCAUAAUACGUUGGUCGUAUUGGACAAGACCCUGGAAGCAACACUCACGCCUGAGCAUCUCUUGUGGUGGGCCUGCCACGCUACGGCGAGCUAUCGGUGGAGUCGCGUACACUACGCGUGGGCCAGCAGUUCACGCAGGCGGAGGUUGACAGCCGCCUGGUCGCCUACCGCCUCCACCACACGGCCUACUCUCCCAUCCAGGAUGGUCUCGCCUUCCGCGUGUCGGCGCCCCACUGCCAGGCGCUGCCCCCCCCACCAUACUCUUCACUCUUCCCACACGCCUGCCGCCCACCUCGUCAGCAGUGUCAACAUCGUACUCAACACACUCAAGGUAAUGGAAGGUGGUCACCAGUUCCUGACGAAAGAGAUCCUGUGGCUGACUGCUCCGAUGGUGACCGGCCUAAGAUACGAAAUCAGCCGACGGCCGACGCAUGGGUGGUUGGAUGUGCUCAACAGUGACCGCACCGCCACCCUCAGGUCAAACGUCUCCUACUUCUCACCCAACGAGCUGUCCGACAAACGGCUGCGCUACACGCACGAUGACUCCGAAACCACCUCGGAUGCGUUCGAGUUUGUCGCCUUGUCGACCCAGAACGAGGACUUUCUUUUUGUCGGCGACUUGAAAAUAACGAUAAACUUGACAAACGACAACGCGCCGGUGCGAGUGGUGGAGUCGGUGUUCCGAGUGGUGCAGAACGGCGAGCGCCUGUUGACCGGCCGCCACUUGAGGUACAUUGAUGCCGACAUCGACUGCACGCCGCAGGACAUUGUCUACACCCGCCGCGGAAUCCCCAACGGAGGCAUAUUCAGUGCGCACAAUCCGGCCACGCCUAUCUUCCAGUUCACUCAGGCUGACCUGGACGACGGCAAGGUGCUGUUCAGACAUGAGGGUGACGUGGUGGAGAGCCGCGUGAGUCUGUGGGUGAGCGACGGUGUGCACCAUGGUGAGGGUGCACUGGAGGUGCGGGCCUCCCCGCCCUACGUCGAGGUCACCAACAACACAAGGCUGGUGGUGAGGCAGGGGGGCGCGGCACCCAUCACCACGCACCACCUCAGCGCCGACACCAAUGUCAACCUCAAGCAGGACCAGAUCAGGUUCGAGAUUACGCAGGGUCCUCGCCAAGGCUUGCUGGAGCUGGGAGGCGUGGACGCGGUGGAGGUGUUCACACAGGCUGACCUGGAGCAAGGCCGGCUGCAGUACCGGCACAACGGCGACGUGACCAGUGUGCAGGACGCGUUCCGCUUCCGCGUGGCGGUAGACCGCGGCGGAGGCGGAGGCGGCAGUGCGGCCACCGAGGCCCAGUUCCGCAUCCGCGUCUUCCCCGCCGGCUACUGGGAGCCACUCCUCGUUACCGCCAACCACUCGCUGCACGUCGAGGAGUCCACCAGUGUCAUACUGGCUAGCAAGUACCUGCAGGUGAAGCAGCCGCACGUGCCUCCGUCGGACAUAAUGUUUGUGAUAGUGGAGCCGCCGCGCUACGGCUACCUGGAGAUGGAGGGCGCCAACCGCAACGCCAUAGAGGACAUGCGGGAAGAGCAGGUGGUCGCCUUUGAUCAGGCCUCCAUUGAUGCGGGCAAACUGCAUUAUGUGCAGGCCACCACCAACCAGACCACCGAUCGUAUGCUCCUAGACGUCACCAAUGGCAUCACCUGGCUCAGGGGGCUCAUUGUGACAUUCGUAGUGGUACCGGACAAACUGUACAUAGGGGGCGGGGAGCUGCGCUGCGAGGAGGGGGGCAACGUGACAGUGCCGGGGGGGAUGCUGGGGGCGCUGACCGACUACUACUCGGGCCGCCUCACCGAGUACCGCCUCCAGGGGGGCCCCUCACACGGCCGCCUCGUGUCCGCCACGCAGCCCCUGCGGCCGAUCACGCGCUGGUCCGCGCACCUCUUGCAGUCAGGGCUGAUACAGUACGUGCAUGAUGGGAGCGAAAACGUGGAGGAUGUGAUGGAAGUGGUGGGCAGAGCUGACGAGAAGGAGAGCGUGCCUGCGCGUCUGCACAUCACUGUCAUCCCUGUCAAUGACGAGCCACCCACCAUUGUCAACAACACUGGCCUGUUUGUAUGGAGAGGCGGGCGACAGCUCAUCACGCCUUCUCACUUAGCUGCUGUUGACAAGGAUACCCCUCCCGAGAACGUGACAUUUGCAGUGAUCUCAGCUACGGCUGGAUACUUGACUUUUCUCAAUCAUCCCAACAUGUCCAUCGAUAAAUUCUCACAAGAUCACAUAAAUAAUUUGAAGGUUGCGUUCGUCCAUUCAGGUAAGUUGAAAUGGUUUACUUUAAUGUACAUUAAAUUUAUCUCCUCGCAAUAA